AAUUUGGUGGUGUAGUUCCUUAUAGACCUGUUGAAGACUUGGCAUUUUCAGUUGCUAGGUUUAUACAAAAUAAUGGUUCAUUCAUGAAUUAUUAUAUGUACCAUGGCGGAACAAAUUUUGGGCAGACAGUUGCUGGUCCUCUUCAUUGCCAUUAGCUACGACUAUGAUGCUCCGAUUGAUGAAUAUGGUAUGAUACCCAAAAACAAAAACCAAAAAUACAAAAAAUACAAAGAAAAAUGCGUGUAUACACAUGCAUAUAUUGUGAGAUCAUGAGUAAGAUUAUCGUGCAUGUAUAUAUGAUACGAAUAAUUUGUUAUCUUGAAGGAUUACUAAGAGAACCAAAAUGGGGGCAUUUGACAAAUUUGCAUAAAGCUAUCAAGCAAUGUGAACCAGUUUUGGUUUCCUCGUAUCCCGCAGUGACUUGGCCUGGCAAUAAUCUAGAGGUAGAUUAAGCAAAAACUAUCAGGUAAAUGACUUGGCCUGGCAAUAUAUACUGUGGUUUUCAACAUUUGUCGCUUUUUCGACAAUUGAAACUCGCUCUUUUUCAUCAACGGUCAACUAUCAGGAACCGUGUACGGGCUGCUAGAGAAUCCAAAACUGACAUAUAGCAGCACUGUGAAGUUGAGAGCCGGAAUUAACAAGAUUUCUUUACUAAGUGUUGCUGUUGGCCUUCCGGUUAGUCCAUACCUUCUGAUAAAAGUUUACAUUCUUGGGAUGUUAAUGACAGUAAUGGAAUCUUUCUAAAUUCUAUUGGAUCGAUUUCAUAAUGUCGGUGUGCAUUAUGAGACAUGGAACAUGGGGGUUCUUGGCCCGGUCACAUGGAAGGGCCUCAAUGAGGGGACAAGAAACUUGACAAAGCAACAGUGGUCUUACAAGGUUUGUUUUUGUUUUCAUGAGUUUUCUGCUUCCAUUUUCUGUUUCCAAGUAUACUCUACAUUUCAAAAUGGUAAAAGUCCAAGGCAAUGAUGAAACCAGUAAGUUUCCUUCAAAGUCGAGUGGUGAAAAUAAUAAUAAAGGGAUACCAGAAUUUAUCAGAAGAUAAUAAUAAUAAAGGGAUACCGGGAUGAAAAUAAUGCAUGAUAUGGGAAAAGAAGUUCAUAUAGUUCAUAAACAAGCAAUAAAAAUUAAGAUUGAUGUUUCUAUGUUGGUUGGUCUAAAAGGCGAAAACUGCAAACACUUGAUGGAAGUUCCUCUGUUGAGUGGGCUGAGGGAUCACUAUUGGCUACAAAACAACCCUUGACAUGGUACAAGGUAAUAAUCAUCCCAAACCCCCUGUUAACGCCUUUUUAUUGAUACUUAUGAGUUCCAUUACCCAUAGACGCACAAAUGAAUUCAUAAAAAAGCUUUUAAUUCAUUGAACAAUCUUUCCAGACUACAUUCAACGCACCAGCAGGAAAUGAUCCAUUAGCUCUUUUUUUUUUUUGGUUGAUUCUCCUUUCUCAUCUCUCUCUGAUUUUGAUUUGAUUUCUAGAGUUUUGAUUUUGAUUUCUAGGGUUUUGAUUUUGAUUUUGAUUUGAUUUGAUUUGAUUUCUAUUCAAUUAAGCUAAAUUUUUCUUCCUUCCAGUUUCAGUUCAGCUUUUUUUUUGUUGAUAAAUACAGUUUCAUUUCAACUUUAUGAUCUCAAGCAUCAAGGAUUCAUAGAGACAGGAGCUUAUGUGUAUUUUGAAUUGUGUUGUGUUUAUAGCUCUUCAAUGAAAAUUUCUAUUGAUUUGGUUAUGUAACAUGUUUUGAUGGUUUGAAUGUCUCUGUUCUUACAGAAAUUGUUUCCAAUUGCUAGUUAAAUUUUGCUUUGUUCUAAAUUUUGAUGGAGAUAUUAGUUGCUUAGUUAGUAUUAUUAAAUUUAACUUGCAAGAAAGAUAUAGAGAUCAUAGAUGCUCUUAGCAAGUUGCUUGACUUUAAGACUUGUAUAUAGAGAUUCCAAUAAUUGACUUGAAGCUUUAACUCCCUCUUAAUCAACUGCCAACGGUCUCUGCUUUAUUGUGAGAAUCGUGGUAGCAAUGAUAACACACAUACAUGGAUCUCUUUUAGCUGCCCCUGUUUGGCCAUUGAAAAAGAAUUUGCCAAACGCCACUUAACAUAGUACUUUAUUGUUUAUUCAUUUCGUAUUAUUCAUCUAUUUUUAGCAAAUUACAGCGGCAUAUUGCAAAGUGGGUCUGCUAUGUUCACACAUAAUGCUCUAUCGGAUUAUAUCCCAAUUAUCCUUUAUCCUGAUGUCUCAAAUUAUUUCAACUACAUCAUGAGUUUCUCUAAACAUGAUAAGACAAGAGAAUUGGUGAUUGGGGAUUUGAUCUAUGUCUUAUCAUUAUAAGUGUUUCAAAACUAUCGUUAAAAAAAAA